AGUAUUAGUAUUCUAUCUUCUCUGGGGACAAUCAAACCCAAUAAAAUAGCAUUAUGAGAUUUUCAACUCCACCAAAAAAAAAAAAACACAAAAGAGUUCACCUUGUGUUUCCUUCUCUUCUGCACCUUCUAGUCGUAGAAGUUCCUCCAUUUCCCAGUUUUUGACCUCUCUAUUCCUCCAUUGACACUCUUUUCUCCUCUCUGUCUGAGUCUUUCUUCUUUGUUUGUUCAUCUGCUUCAUGUUCCAUUUCAUCAAACCAGACACCCUCUUCUCUGAUUAUUGAUUUGUUCAUAUUAUGAAAGUUCAUUUAGUGUUUCUUUGAUAACUCCUAGGACUCAUCUUCAGAUUCUUGUUGUGUGUGUCUUCAGCUUCACACAAACCAGAAGAUUCUUUCUGUUCUAUCUGUUUAUAUUGUUAAGUGGUGAAUCCUUCUAACUUUUCGGGAUUCUUCGAAAAAAGCCAUACUUUGAUCCAAACUCUCUUUGCUGGAGACCCCUUUACUGCAUAGUUUCCAGCAGAGCUGCUGGUGAGGAGAGACAACAAUGGGGAAGGUGUGUAUCCACUGGUUGAUCAUGUUUCUGGGACUCCUAGGUUGCUCUGUCCUUGGCGAGGAGGGGCUUGGCGUGAACUGGGGGACAAUGGCCUCCCACAAGCUGCUCCCCAAGACGGUGGUUCAGAUGCUGAUCGACAAUGGGAUCAAGAAGGUCAAGCUGUUCGAUGCGGACCAGUCUACUAUGGGAGCACUUGCCGGGACUGGGAUCGAGGUCAUGGUCGGCAUCCCCAACGACCAGCUCCUAGCCAUGAACAGCUACGAACGGGCCAAGAACUGGGUCCGCCAGAACGUGACCCGAUACAACUUCAACGGAGGGGUCCACAUCAAAUACGUUGCAGUCGGUAAUGAGCCUUUCCUCUCAUCCUACAACGGCUCGUUCCUUAAUGUCACCUUCCCGGCGCUUGAAAACAUCCAGAACGCCCUGAACGAGGCGAGGGUCGGGGACUCCAUCAAGGCCACGGUGCCCUCGAAUGCGGAUGUUUAUUACUCCCCUGAGUCCAACCCUGUCCCUUCUGCCGGGAUCUUUCGAAGCGACAUAAGCUCUCUCAUGACUCAGAUAGUCGACUUCUUAGCCAAGAACAAGGCCCCUUUCACUGUCAACAUCUAUCCCUUCCUCAGCCUCUACCUAAACCCGAGCUUCCCCCAAAACUAUGCCUUCUUCGACGGUGGAGCCACCCCGGUGGCCGAUAACGGGGUCCAAUACAUGAAUGUGUUCGACGCCAAUUUCGACACCUGUGUGUCUGCCCUGAACUCCGUCGGACACGGGGACAUGACCAUCAUAGUUGGGGAAGUCGGGUGGCCCACAGAUGGAGACAAGAAUGCAAACAUUGCUAAUGCUUACAAGUUCUACAACGGGCUCAUGCCGAGGCUCGCAGCAAAUACAGGAACACCUCGCCGGCCAGGCUACAUCGAGGUGUACUUGUUCGGUCUACUUGACGAGGAUAUCAAGAGUAUCGCUCCGGGGAACUUCGAGCGGCACUGGGGGAUUUUCAGGUAUGAUGGCCAACCGAAGUUCGCACUGGAUCUCUCUGGCCAGGGCCAGAACAAGCUGCUAGUUCCGGCGAAAAAUGUGGAAUACCUCCCUAACCAAUGGUGCAUGCUGAACCCAAAUGCCCAGGACCUGAGCAUGCUUGGAGACAAGAUCAGCUACGCCUGCAGUCUCUCGGACUGCACAGCCCUGAUGUACGGCUCCUCGUGCAACAACUUGGAUGCCAACGGGAAUGCCUCGUACGCCUUCAACAUGUACUUCCAAGCACAGAACCAGAACCCGCUGAGCUGCAACUUCCAGGGCUUGGCAACUGUUAGCACGCAGAAUAUCUCGCAAGGGAGCUGCCUCUUCCCGAUCCAGAUCAAGUCGGCCUCUCCCUUUAGAUCACCAUCAGUCGGUUUUGCUGUUACGACCGUGUUCGUGUUCGUGUUCAUGCUUCUCCUAUAGUUAUUCAGUCUUGUAGAUAUAUAACAACAUUUAUCAAAUUGAAGGUACUUUACCUUCAUUUUUUUUUUUUUUAUGAUUUGGUUUUACCAAAACAAUAAAGUUGAGCAGAUUCAUGUUUUAUUCA